ACACAAAAAGCAUGCCACACUCCCAUUGUAAUUUAAUCAAUUCUGUACUAAUUUUUGAAGCAACCCAAAUGGCGGAAGGGUAGAUUUUGAUAGCAACCCGUAAACAAACGCCGGCUCUUCAUCUAAUCUGCUCCACGACUUUCUUCAAAUUCAAACCCAUUCAACUGAAAUCUCAUUUCAAGCCGAUUAAAUUAAUCCCAAAAUCAUCUCUACUCUGUAAUCAUGCUUUAUUAGUGUUUCCCCCUCAUGCUUGCUUGUGACCCAUUUCCACUUUUUUCUCUCAAUCUUGCUUUAAUUCCUCUUCUUCUUACUUCAUUCUGGAGCAGAGAUUAGUGGUUUGGAUUUGGUUUCUUUAUCACCGGCGGCUGGAUGCGGCGGACGCUGCUGAUCUGUUCGAUCUUUGGUGUUUAGCUAAUAGACAGCGUUAGAGACUCUCAAGGAAGAAGCAUUUUUAGUGUUUGAUUAUGGCUUCAAAGUCAUUUAAGCUCACCCAUUCAAAUCUGUUAUCAAAUUCUAAUGUGUCUGAUGCACAAAGGCAACCAUUGCCUCAGACCGUGACGUUUGCUCGGAGAACGUCCUCUGGUCGGUACGUUAACUAUUCGAGGGAUGAUCUUGAUAGUGAACUGGGGAGUGGUGAGUUUACAAACUACACAGUGCAUAUACCUCCAACACCUGACAAUCAGCCCAUGGAUCCAUCCAUAUCACAGAAGGUUGAAGAGCAAUAUGUCUCGAAUUCGCUCUUUACGGGGGGAUUUAAUAGUAUGACACGAGCUCAUCUUAUGGAUAAGGUAAUUGAAUCUGAAGCAAUCCAUCCUCAAAUGGCUGGCACGAAAGGAUCUUCAUGCGCAAUACCGGGGUGUGAUGCAAAGGUUAUGAGUGAUGAACGUGGUAAUGACAUUCUUCCUUGUGAGUGUGAUUUCAAGAUAUGUCGAGAUUGCUAUGUCGAUGCUGUUAAAUCAGGGAAUGGCAUCUGCCCUGGCUGCAAGGAGCCGUACAAGAACACAGAAAUGGAUGAAAUAGCCGUCGAACAUGGGCGACCAUUGCCACUUCCUCCCCCACGAACAAUGUCGAAGAGUGAGAGAAGAUUGUCGUUAAUGAAGUCGGCAAAGUCCAUGAGGGGAGUUGGAGAUUUUGAUCAUAAUAGGUGGCUUUUUGAAACAAAGGGUACUUAUGGAUAUGGAAAUGCUAUAUGGCCAAAGGAUGGGGUUGCUGGAAAUGGAAAUGAUAAAGACGAGGAGGUUGUCGAGCCGAAAGAGUUUAUGAAUAAACCAUGGAGGCCAUUGACACGAAAACUUCAAAUUCGUGCUGCUGUUAUCAGCCCGUAUAGGCUUCUCAUUCUUGUUCGUAUGGUUGUUCUUGGAUUUUUUUUGGCUUGGAGGAUUCGGCAUCCGAACACUGACGCAUACUGGCUGUGGGCAAUGUCAGUUGUUUGUGAAAUAUGGUUUGCUUUUUCUUGGCUUCUUGAUCAAUUGCCCAAGCUCUGCCCCGUUAACCGGGCCACAGAUCUUAAUGUACUGAAGGAUAAGUUUGAAACACCUAGCCCUAGUAAUCCUACUGGAAAAUCUGAUCUUCCAGGAAUAGAUGUCUUUGUUUCUACUGCAGACCCAGAGAAAGAACCCCCUCUUGUCACAGCAAACACUAUCUUGUCGAUUUUAGCUGCUGAUUAUCCUGUCGAAAAGCUUGCUUGCUAUGUUUCGGAUGACGGAGGUGCGCUUCUAACCUUUGAGGCCAUGGCAGAAGCAGCAAGUUUUGCUAACACAUGGGUUCCUUUCUGUCGAAAACAUAAUAUUGAACCUAGAAAUCCUGAGUCUUACUUCAAUUUGAAGAGAGAUCCAUUCAAGAAUAAAGUGCGAUCGGAUUUUGUUAAGGAUCGCAGACGUGUGAAACGUGAGUAUGAUGAAUUCAAGGUUCGGAUAAAUGGCCUUCCUGAUUCUAUUCGUCGUCGGUCUGAUGCCUAUCAUGCAAGGGAGGAAAUCAAAGCUAUGAAGCAUCAGAGGCAACAUGUGGCUGAUGACGAACCAGUGGAGAGUGUAAAGAUCCCUAAAGCAACAUGGAUGGCCGAUGGAACACAUUGGCCUGGAACGUGGAUGCAACCUUCUUCCGAGCACUCCAAGGGCGAUCACGCUGGUAUAAUACAGGUGAUGCUUAAACCUCCGAGUGAUGAACCACUGCAUGGAACUGCCGAAGAAACUAAACUAAUUGAUCUAUCUGAGGUUGACAUCCGUCUUCCUCUUCUUGUUUAUGUUUCUCGUGAAAAACGUCCUGGAUAUGAUCAUAACAAGAAAGCAGGGGCCAUGAAUGCUCUAGUUCGAGCGUCAGCUAUUAUGUCGAAUGGGCCAUUUAUCCUCAACCUUGAUUGUGACCAUUACAUCUACAACUCCCAGGCAAUGAGAGAAGGAAUGUGUUUCAUGAUGGACCGUGGAGGGGAUCGUAUUUGUUAUGUUCAGUUCCCACAAAGGUUUGAGGGCAUUGAUCCUUCAGAUCGAUAUGCCAAUCACAACACUGUGUUUUUCGAUGUUAACAUGCGAGCUCUCGAUGGACUUCAAGGUCCAGUAUAUGUUGGAACAGGAUGUCUCUUUAGAAGGAUUGCCCUUUACGGUUUUGACCCACAUCGAUCAAAAGAGCGGCAUGCUGGUUGCUGUAGCUGUUGCUUUGGUAAACGGGGUAAGCAUACAUCGAUUGCGAGUAGCCCGGAAGAGCAUCGAGGCCUGAGAAUGGGCGACUCUGAUGAUGAAGAAAUGGACAUAUCCUUGUUCCCAAAAAGAUUUGGAAAUUCUGCUUUUCUAGUUGAUUCAAUUCCAGUUGCAGAGUUUCAAGGACGCCCAUUAGCCGAUCACCCAGCUGUGAAAUAUGGACGCCCUCCUGGUGCUCUCACCAUUCCUCGUGAGCUUCUCGACGCAUCAACCGUUGCAGAGGCAAUCAGUGUCAUUUCUUGUUGGUAUGAAGACAAGACCGAAUGGGGACAACGAGUCGGGUGGAUUUAUGGAUCUGUCACAGAAGAUGUGGUCACUGGGUACAGAAUGCAUAAUAGGGGAUGGAAAUCGAUUUACUGUGUAACGAAACGUGAUGCUUUUCGUGGAACUGCUCCUAUCAAUCUCACUGAUAGGCUCCAUCAAGUCCUCCGAUGGGCUACUGGGUCGGUCGAGAUUUUCUUCUCCAGAAAUAACGCCCUUUUGGCUAGUCCAAGAAUGAAAAUUUUGCAAAAGAUCGCCUAUCUUAACGUCGGAAUUUAUCCGUUCACUUCCAUUUUCCUAAUCGUCUACUGUUUUCUCCCUGCACUGUCCCUGUUUUCUGGGCAGUUCAUUGUUCAAACUCUCAAUGUCACUUUCCUGACAUACCUUUUAGUCAUCACCAUCACUCUAUGCCUGCUUGCUGUUCUUGAAAUCAAAUGGUCUGGCAUUGAAUUAGAAGAAUGGUGGAGAAAUGAACAGUUUUGGUUGAUUGGAGGCACCAGUGCUCAUCUUGCUGCUGUGCUACAGGGUCUGCUAAAAGUCAUUGCUGGGAUUGAAAUCUCUUUCACUUUGACAUCGAAAUCAGCUGGUGACGAUGUCGACGACGAGUUCGCCGAUCUCUACAUUGUGAAAUGGACGUCUCUCAUGAUUCCACCCAUCACGAUCAUGAUGGUUAACCUGAUCGCCAUCGCAGUUGGAGUCAGUCGAACAAUCUACAGUACAAUUCCACAGUGGAGCCGGUUGAUAGGUGGUGUUUUCUUCAGUUUCUGGGUUCUGGCUCAUCUCUACCCUUUCGCCAAAGGGCUAAUGGGAAGACGAGGGAGGACACCGACCAUUGUUUUCGUGUGGUCGGGACUUGUCGCCAUCACCAUAUCUCUUCUCUGGGUAGCCAUUAAUCCCCCAAAUGGUGCAAAUGAUAUUGGAGGUUCAUUCUCUUUCCCUUGAGAGCUGUUUGUUUUGAUAUCAAUCAAUCCAGCAAUGUUCUUUAGUUCUUUUUCAUGUGCUGUUUCUGAUGGGUAGUUCUAAGUUUUUUGAUAGCGUCUUGGAUUUUGAGCAGCCUGUGAUAGAUUAUUACGUCCAUUUGAUUCUUUUGUUCUCUGUUGAUUUAGCCUCUGGAUGACCAUUUUGAUCAAGUAAAUGCUAGAGGACAUGAAUAUAGCCUUGAAUGAUUAGGGUUACAAUAUAAGUUUGUUUCUUGAA